GAUCGCAUGCCGAUAUAUACAUUGUUAUGGAUUCAUAUUUAUAUAUAUAUAUAAUCAAUGAAAUGAAAUUCAAUAUAAUAACUAUUUUUUAUAAAUAUUUCGAUAAUUAAGAUCAAGCGUUAUAUAGAAAAAAGUUAUUUAAAAUAUUUUUAUAACAUAUAUUAAGAUCAUUAAAAUCAGAAGAUCUUAUUUCCAUUUUUAAAUAUUCUAAUAUUAUUGUUAUGUUAAUAGGUUAUGGCAUUUUAUUUCACUUAUUUUACCGGUUUAAAUGUUUUUUUUUAAAAGAAGUAAUAAUAAUUAGUACUAAUAAUUUGAUUAGUAAAUAUGAUAAGAAUGAUUUAAGUGAGAAAUAAUAAACAUAAUAUAUAAUAAUAAUUAUUAUACAUAUACAAAAAUGUCAAUUGAUGAAGAAAGAAAUAAUGUAGUUAAAUUUUUAAAUGUUUUAAAAAUAAAGAAAAAAGAUUAUCCUGCAUUUGAAGAAUCUCUCAGCACAUUACAAAAUUAUGCUGCAACUAAAGGUUUGAUGGAUGAGGAUAUUAAUUUGUUAGUGAAUAUUAUUAUAAAUACAGAUUUAAGUGCUACUAAAUUGGUAUCUUUAGCAAAAUGUUUAAUUCCUCAAUAUAAAAUAUCUGAACAUGCAGUUAAAUCUAUUAUUUCUUGGUGCUUAUCAUCUAUAAAUAAACUUCCUAUUUCUGUAUCCAUCAUUAUUAUGCAAUGGAUAAUUGGUAUAUUGGAUCAUCAAUUAAUAGAUAAAAAAGUUAUAAAUAUAUAUUAUGAUGUUUUUUUUUAUAUAAUAUUAAAAAAAGAAAAAUUGGAAAGACAGAUAGCACGUAUCAUUUAUGUAUUGACGAAACCAGAAGAUGUAACACGUAGAAAUAUAUCUAGAUUAUUAACUCUCCAUCAGAAAUAUUCAAAACCACAAAAACAUAUUAUUGUUUUAUUGUCAUUAUUUAAAUCUUAUAAACCUGAAUUAGUUCCUGAAAAAAUUCAAUCUAUAAAUACAGAAAGUGUAUGGAAACCAAUACCUGAAGGUUUACGAUUAAUGUUUCAAGAUGCUAAAACUCGUUUAGAAAUCCAACAAACACAGGACUUACAUCUGGAAUAUUUUAAUUGGAAUACAUUUGAAUCCAAGAAAACAAAAAAAACUGUGACAUCUCUAUUACCAUCUGUAGGAUACUUUCAAAUUGGUUCUAGUAUUUUUAAAGAGAAGAAUAAAAAAUCUAUUUUCGACAUUUCUAGCAUAGAAGAAUUGGGAAAAUUACAAUUAAGUAUAGAAUUACCAUGUAAUGCUAUAUCUCUUUUAAGUAAUACUGCUGGAUACCAUCUUCUUACAUUUAGCAAUUUCCAGUAUCAAAGUAGAUUUUCUUAUAAUCUUUAUAACACUUUAAUAAGAGCAUUUAUGUUGGAAAAUGAAAAAUUUUCUAUGGAAGAAAUUAAUAAGUUACUUGAUAUGACUAUAGAAUUUUCACGAUAUAUGCAACAAGAUAUACCUGUUGUCAAUCAUUUUCUUGGUGAAUAUUUGUAUUUUAAUACAGGCGAAUAUCAAUCAAAAUUACUAAUGUUAUUACAAUGGAUGACUUCUCUAUCUAUCAGUGAUUUACAAGAAAAAAUACUAGUGCAUGUACAAAAUAUGUUUUACGAAUCAUCUUUAAUGAUAAAGUGUGAAAUCAUCAAAACAUUAAAAAUAUUGAUAACAAAUUUGUUUAUUAGUCAAGGAUUUAAAGAAUGCUGCCAUAAAACACCUGCACCAUUUUUAGGACAAAGUGCAAUGGAUAAUUUAGAAGAAGUAAUUCCUAUUCUUACAAAAAUUUCUGAAGAGCUUAUUAUAUCUGGUUUAAAUAUACAUUCAUAUAAUAUUUUAUUACUUUCAGAAGCAUUAUCAUUUUAUGAAGAGAUUUGUAUAUUGGAAAAUCAAAGUACCAUAUUAUUCUUUACAUUAGCACCUUCUGCAGUAAUUUAUGGAGCUUUUAUUACAAAACAUCUUGCGAUUUUAUCAAAAAUAUGUAAAUUGUUAUUAAGAUAUCGCGAUAGAAGUUUACAAUUAAAAACUCCUAAAUUACAAAAGUUAUUCAAGAAAAAAAUUUAUACAAUAUCUAUUUAUGCUCAAGAAAUUGUUGAAGCAUUAUGGUAUGAUGAGCUAUUUAAGAAUCAUAAAAAUAAAUAUUUUCUAAAAGAUAUUCCAGUAGAUAUAAUAGAAGAUUUGGAAGACUGUAAUAUAAAUUGCCUUUUAAAUAUUAGUAAUCAUUAUUCAGUUUUACCAUAUAAAUAUACAUUGAGCAAAACUGGAUUAAAUAUUAGCACAAAAGAGGAUGCUAUGAGUAUAGCUUUACAUUAUUAUCCAACAAUAAAUGAAUUUCUUAGUAUAUUUCAAAAUUAAUUAUAAUAUUAAAUAUGAAUAUAAAAAUAUUUAUAAUAUUUCUGAAAUUUAUUUUUUAUAUUUAAAAUAUUUUUAUAAUAUAAAGAUAUUUUCAAUUAUAAAUAAAUUAUAUUUUUAUUUAUAAAAUUUAUACUUAUGAAACCAAGUACAUAUAUGAAAUAAGUCAAUUUAAAUUAAUCAUUAUGUUUUAUUUCUUUAUUUACAUAAAAAUUUUCAUUUACAGUUCAUUUAACAGUCUUUAAUACAUAUAUGCCUAAUGAAAAAUUACAUAUAAAUUAUAGUGAAUGGCUUGUUCUUAUACUUUAUAAAUUAUACAGUUUUUUAUUAUUUUUUUUAUAUUUUUCGUUUACAUUUAUUUUAUUCAUUUCAUGCAUUAAUAUUUAAUAUAAACAUUGCAAUAAAUUAAAAAUUAUUCAUGUUUAAAUAAAUAAAAAAUCGUAAUAAUAAUCAUGCAAUAAGUUUCUUUAAGAAUUCAAUGAGUGUGAACAUCUCUUAAAUUCAAAAUUUAUAAUAUCUAUUGAACGUAUUCUAAAUAUACAUUGCUUCUAGAAAAGGCCAUUCAUGCAAUAUUAUUUUUUGUAUUAUACUUUAAAAUAAUAUAUAUAUAUGUAUGUGUGUUCCUAUAUUAUCAUUAAUACUAUUGUAUUAAAAAAUUAAUAAUAUAUCAUAUUAAUACACAAAUUAUUUUUAAACAAAAUAAUAAAAUAGGUUUUAAAAACUUUAUAAAAAAAAAUAAUUCAAAUUGAAACUGAGUAAUAUAUUUCUUUGCUACAGAUUGAUUUUCAAGAAAUAUAUAUAUAUAUAUAUGAUUAAUGUAUUUUUUAAUAAUAACUAUUUAUAUUGCUUAAAAGUUCAAUCAUAUUAUGUAAUGAAUGAAUAAAAAAAAUGUAUAAUACUAAUUGAAUUAAAUGAAAGAUUUACUAUAUAUAUAUUACUGCAUAUAAUGUGUGUAUUAUUCAAUUAAUAUAAUAUCAUAUAAUACAUUUUUCUACAUUUUUUCCCCAUUAUAAACUGAUAUAGCUAUGUUAUAGUCUGUCAUGAUGUUAAUAAUAAUUUAAAUAUAGGAAGAAAUAUUUAUAUGUAUAAUGAUAACAUCAAAAACUUAGAAUUUCUAUCAAUAUUAUAAUAUGUUAUAAAUUAUCUCUAGUUUUUAAUUAAUUAUUUGAAUUUAUAGAAUUUUAUUUAAUAUCAUAAUAUUUAUAUCAUCUAAAAAUCUUUUACAUUAAGCUGCAAAUUAACUAUUUUUAAAAAUCGGUGGAAUAACUAGAUAUGUGCUCAUAUGUCUAAUUAUUUAUAUGCAUAUUAAAUUAAUUAUUAAUAAAAUAAUGCUAAAAAAUUAUAUUUUGUCAAAAUAUUAAUGUAUGUUGUGAUUAUAAAAUACAUAAAAGAAUUGACAGAGAAUGUUCACCUCUACCAAAAUUUUCAAUAAAUUCUUUUUUUUUUUGUAAUAAUAUACAAAAUAACAUUUCAUUUGCAAAUAUUAUGGAAAAUUGUUAUAUAUUUUCAUUAAUAAUAAGCAUUUUACUAUGAAUAGUAUAGUUAAAUGUAAUCAAUCUUGAGCAAUGUAUUCAUGUUAUCUAUACUAUUUUAAAUUGUAAUAUGCUUUUAUGGACUGUCUUUGGCGUACAUAUAUUCUCAGACUAGAAAAUGAUAGUAUUGGGAGGCCUGGAAUGUGAAAUUCUAUUUAAAAAUAAUAAACGGAAUUUAGCAGAUUUGGUAAAAGUGCACAUUUUUAAUAAUAAAAUUUUGUUUCUCUAUUGCAGUAAUUAUAGUAAAUUAAUUAUAGUUAAUUUGUUCAAAUUAAAUAGUACGUGCAACAUAAGAUAAUUUUUAAAAAUUAAAAAUAUAUAAUGUUUUCAGAAAUAAAAAUAUUUAUAGCAAUUAUAUCCAAUACUUAUGAUGCAUGAACUACUUUGAGAAGCCUAAUAUUUUAUUAUAAAGAUAGUAGAUAAAUCAUUAUUAUUAUAAACUAUUAUCAAAGGAAUUUAUUAUAAACAUACAAUGUUAUAGCAAUAAACAAUAACGAUUAAUAUUUUAUUGUCAUGAAUUUGAAAAAAUCAUUGAAAUAGUUAUGUUUAUUCAAAUUAAACUAUGAAAUAGCAUUUAUAUAAUUAUAGUCUAUGACUGGCAGUCAUGCAUUCAAUUGUAAUACACAAUGAUUUAUUUUGAAGUUAAUUUAAAUUAAUACUAAUAAUAUCACUGCAGUUCCAUGUUGACAUUAAGUUCAAUUUGAAUACAAAUUUAUUAAUAAACUUGUUUUUUCAAUUUUUCCAAAAAACUUUUUUUGUCAAAUUUUCCAAAAUAUAUCAAAUAUAUACCAAAAAAUGUUUUGAAAAAAUAAACAUAAUAAUAAUAAUAGUAAUGUAUUUUUUUUCUUUUUUACAACAUUAAAUUGUAUUCAAAAGAAAAUAAAACAGUUAUAAUUAACAGAAAAUAUUUAAAGAAAUACUUUUGUUUAUUUUUAAUAUUUCAAAUAAGAUUUACUAUUAAAAAAAAUACGAUUCCUAAUCAUAAUUGUAUAGCUUUUAUUUCAUAUAAAUAAUAAAUAUUUCUGUACUUCAUGCAUAUAAUCAUACAUUAAUGAUAUUUUAAAAAAUAAUUCACUGCAAUAAAUGUUACUUUUAGUUUCAAAAAUGCUGUAAAAUAUAAGAAAAAUUCAUUAUGUGCGUUUAUAAAAAUUUUCAUUAUGUGAUUAUAUAAAAAUGAAAAUAUAUUAUUUUUUUUUUUUACAUAAAUAUUGAAUUGAAAAAAGUAUUAUAUUGUUAAAUUUUCUUAAAUAAUUUCUUUAAAUUCCAAUUUUAAAAUUUAUGGAACAAUGCCAGAAACACAUAUUUAAAUUAUUUAAUUAAAAAAAAAAUUUUAAAUAUGGAAUAAUUUUUCUAAAAAAUUUUAAAUUCAUAAACUGUAUUAUUAUAACUUCAUAGAUAAAAAAAUUUAUUUCACAUAAAAAAAAAAAAAAUAAACACAUAUCUAAUAAUCACAUUAAAGAUAGUAUUACAUUAUUUAAGAUAGAAAAAAUAUUAUAAAUUUAUUUUCACUUACAUCGCAAAUUUCAAUAUAUCAAUAUAUUAAUAUCAAUAUAUAUUUUAUAUUUCAUACUGUUAAAAAAAAUCACUUUAAAUUAGUUAACAUUUACGAAAAACUUUAAAUAGAAAUAAAAAAAUUGUAUAAUUUUUUUAACAAAACGGAAUUUAUGUUUUAUAUUUAUAAAUGCUAAAUGAAUACUUAUGACAAUUUUAUAAAUAAUUUUUCUUUAAAAUUUAAAAUCAAUAAUGUUUUGUUUGAAAAUGAUAGCAAAUAUAUAUAAUAUUUUAUAUAUAUUUAUCAUAUAUUUUUUUCUAUUAAAAUAAGAAAAUUCUAUUAAAAAAAAAAAUAUAUUUAUGUAUACUUUAAAUUUAAUAAAAUUGAAAAUAUUAAUAGUUCUGACAUUAUUGCCAUUUCUAAAGAAAAAAAUUGUAUUGCAAUUUAUAUUGCAUUUUGUAGAUGAUAUAAAGUUAAGAUACUUCGUUGUUUGAUGUCAUAUAUAUUUGAUUAAAUUUGAAUUCUUAUUUUUUGCAUCAAAUAUACUAAGGGCAGUGACUAUAGCACUUUUGUAAAAAAAUUUGUUUCACAGUUUUACAAUUAAUAAAUUAUAAUGAAUUAUAAAAAUUCAAUUUUGUAAUGAAUAAUCUUGUAUGACAUGAGGUACAGAUUAAUUUUUAUUAUAAUAUUGCCAAUAUUCUUUUUCAUUCACAUAUAUGUAAUGAAAAAGAAUCAUUAAAAAUGCGUACAAUUAAUAACAAAUAUAAAAUAGGCGUUUUGUAUUCAAAGAAUAUGCAAUUAAUUGCAUGUUGAUAUAUUUAGCAUAUCAUAAUUUGAUUUAUAUACACUAUAUCUUAUUUUAAGUUUAGCUAAUAUUUUUAAAUAAUUAAAAAGUAGUCAGAAAAAGUUUCUGUUAAUUUUUCUUAAAAUAGAAUAUUUGUAUAAAAUUUUGUAUUUUAUAUACUCAUAAUUUUUAUUAUCAAACAGAA